CCAGGACAACCGUCCAUUGAAAACCGUGGUCCAGCUCUGCUGCUUCUUCCUGCCAACCAUCUUCAAGAGAGGCUCCUGCUCCUGCUGGCCCACGGAUGGGGAGGUGGGCCCUCGACGUGGCCUUUGUGUGGAAGGCAGUGCUGACGCUGGGCCUGGUCCUCCUGUACUACUGCUUCUCCAUAGGCAUCACCUUCUACAACAAGUGGCUGACAAAGAGCUUCCACUUUCCGCUCUUCAUGACAAUGUUGCACCUGGCCGUCAUCUUCCUCUUCUCGGCCCUGUCCAGGGCGCUGGUUCAGUGUUCCAGCCACAGGGCCCGAGUGGUGCUCAGCUGGACUGACUACCUCAGAAGGGUGGCUCCCACAGCACUGGCAACGGCACUUGACGUGGGCCUGUCCAACUGGAGCUUCCUCUAUAUAACUGUGUCACUGUACACAAUGACCAAAUCCUCUGCCGUGCUCUUUAUCCUGAUCUUCUCUCUGAUCUUCAAGCUGGAGGAGCUGCGUGCAGCGCUGGUACUGGUGGUCCUUCUCAUUGCUGGGGGCCUCUUCAUGUUUACCUACAAGUCCACGCAGUUCAAUGUGGAGGGCUUCGCCUUGGUGCUGGGGGCUUCAUUCAUCGGCGGCAUCCGCUGGACCCUUACACAGAUGCUUCUGCAGAAAGCUGAUCUGGGCCUGCAGAAUCCCAUCGACACCAUGUUCCACCUGCAGCCACUCAUGUUCCUGGGGCUCUUCCCUCUCUUUGCCAUAUUUGAAGGUCUCCAUUUGUCCACCUCUGAGAAAAUCUUCCGCUUCCAGGACACGGGCCUGCUCCUGCGGGUCCUUGGGAGCCUCCUCCUUGGCGGGAUUCUGGCCUUUGGUUUGGGCUUCUCUGAGUUCCUCUUGGUCUCCAGAACGUCCAGCCUCACUCUGUCCAUCGCCGGCAUCUUUAAGGAAGUGUGCACCCUGCUCUUGGCAGCUCACCUGCUGGGUGAUCAGAUCAGUCUCCUGAACUGGCUGGGCUUUGCCCUCUGCCUCUCCGGCAUCUCCCUGCACGUGGCCCUGAAGGCCCUGCAUUCCAGAGGUGAAAGUGGCCCUAAGCCCAUAAAGGGCCUAGGCUCCAGCGCUGACCUAGAGCUGCUGCUCCGGAGCAGCCCACAGGAAGAAGAGGAGGAGGAGUAUUUUGUGACCCAGGGGCAACAGUGACCAGCCCGGGAGCUGUGGAAGCAGGCCACGCUGCUGUCAGCGCUGCUGGCAGGGACUCUUGGCAGGGACUGGGGGCCCAACUGGUUCCUCAGAGCAGCUGCAAGUGGUGGCCUCAGAUCACCCGUAGGACCCUGGUGGGAGGGGGACUUGCUGGGGCCUCUGAGGCUCUUGCUUGUCCCAGUUGAGCUUAGCCCAGCUCACCCAGGACCUGAGCUGUCAGUGAAGGGAGCCUGGGGCCUGUCUUCACGGUUGCCCUGGUUCCGAGAGCCAGGGUGAACUUCAGAGGUGCAGUAGUUUCUCAGCUUCGGACUGUGGCAUCUGGGAAGGAGCCAUGGAGAGGCUGGGCCUCAUCACCUGGACAGCGCUUCCUCAGAGCGUAGAUGUAUUUAUAGUUGAAAUAAUGAUUUCCUUCUCCACUGCCAAGUGUUGCCUGAGGCAUGAGAGCCAGGAGAACCCUGCAGCCUGGCCUC